AUGAGGGUCGCUACAAGGCCAAAACCUGAAAUCAACAUUGGUCCAGUUGAUCUUUCGUGUGCCUUUGUUGUCUGUGAUAUUGAGAAAUAUGACCUACCCAUUGUGUAUUGUUCCGAGAUGUUUGAACGUCUCACUGGCUAUACUAAACAUGAGAUCUUGGGUCGUAAUUGUCGCUUUCUCCAGGCUCCCGAUGGUAAAGUGCAACAGGGGGUGAAGCGAAAAUACGUUGACGACCACUCCAUUCUCUACUUGAAAAAUCAGAUCACUAAACGACGAGAAGCACAAUUGAGUCUCAUCAACUACCGCAAAGGCGGUCAGCCAUUCAUGAAUCUGCUCACAAUGAUACCGAUUCAGUUCGACUCGGAUGAUUUCAAGUUCUACGUUGGCUUCCAGGUUGACUUGGUUGAGCAGCCUAGUUCGGUCUCAGGAAGGAAUCCAGACGGGACUUAUGCCAUCAACUACAAUCGCAGUUCCCUCCCUGCAUACGCCCUUCCGCCGACUCCUGAUCCCAGUCAAGCCAUUCAAGAUAUGGGCCAGACCAUCCCACGAGAUGAAGUUUCACAUGUCUUGACCACUAUUGGCCGUGGAGAAUCCGAACUCUCCAGACGUCUGUGGGACAAGAUAUUAUUGGAGAACACCGAUGACGUCGUGCACGUUUUGUCUCUUAAAGGUUUGUUCUUGUAUCUCUCACCUGCCUGUCGCAAAAUCCUCGAGUAUGACGCGAACGAGCUUGUUGGUAUGGCUUUGUCAUCUGUUUGUCAUCCCAGUGAUAUCGUCCCCGUCACUCGCGAAUUGAAAGAUGCGUCGAGUUCAGCCGUGGUGAAUGUCGUUUACAGGAUUCGGAGAAAGCACAGUGGCUAUACUUGGUUUGAAGCUCAUGGCUCGCUGCACACAGAACAAGGGAAGGGUCGUAAAUGUCUGAUCCUCGUGGGUCGUGAGAGGCCAGUUUAUGUGUUGGACCGAGCCAAUUUGGCAUCGGAAGGAAGUUUAGGCGAAAGCGAACUCUGGUCCAAGAUUUCGACUUCAGGAAUGUUUUUGCAUGUCUCAUCAACAUCACGAGUCAUGUUGGAUCGCCUGCCAGAAGAUCUGGUCGGUACAAGUAUGCAAGCUUUGAUGAGACCCGACUCCAGACCGGCAUUUUUAAAUUUGCUGGAACUCGCGCGGUCUGGACAAAAAGGUCUUUGCAAGCACGAUCUCCAAAAUCGGCGCGGACAGGUUCUUCACGCACAGACAACUAUCUAUCCAGGUGAUGCCCGGCCGGGAUACAAACCAACAUUUCUCCUCGCCCAGACGAGGCUGCUGAAGAUGACACGGGCUACCCUUUUGAGUCAGAAGUCAUCAUCAUCUACUGCUCCAUCUCCACGCACGGACCAUGCAUCUGUGGGAUCGGGGACUCCAGCGACUCAUGCUUCCGGGACUCCCUCGCUCAACAGAGCCAAUACUUCUUCCACAACUACAAAAUCAAGCGGACCAUCCUUUUCGAAGGCCAAUCCCGCCAUAACGAAUGCAGGGGGUUAUGGGCUCAGCCUUGGGACCCAAGACGAAGCCUUGGCAGCCGAAGAUAAUAUUUUCGACGAGCUGAAAACCACGCGGAGCACAAGCUGGCAAUUCGAGCUUAGGCAGAUGGAACGACAAAACCGAGUGCUGUCUGAAGAGCUGCAGGGACUUCUGAGUCGGAAGAAGAAGCGCAAAAGGAGAAAGGGUCUCGGACAGCUCGAAAAGGACUGUGCGAACUGCCAUACACGCGUGACUCCGGAAUGGCGUCGUGGGCCAAGUGGGAAUCGGGAUCUGUGCAACAGUUGUGGACUCCGCUGGGCGAAACAGAAUGGCCGCGUUUCACCUCGUAAGUACUCGGGUGCAAGCGAUAGAGGUUCCACCUCACCGGCGUACGGCACACAACCGGCUGCGAUGAAAGAUGAUCCGCAAAUCAGAAACGACGCGGCCAACAAUGGUGGAGAGGUCUCCAGAGAGACUGUGCCGACAUUGCUCAAGCAACACAGCAAUGGCAGCCACAACACUGGUACCGAGUCAUGGCGCAGCUCUCUCCCACUCAAGAUCGAAGAGGCCCCUAAUGAAGCAAAUGUGUUGCCAACCUAG